GGCACUCGGAGCAGCCCGGGACAGCCCCGGGACAGCCCCGGGAACAGGCGCGGAGCGGACACAGAGCAGCUGGGCCGCCCCGCUCCUUGCCCCACCGUGUUGCCCGGACCGCCCUCGGGGACGACACGGAGAGCCGCCCCCGGGCGGCCGCCGGGAGGGCCGAGCACGGGUGCUCAGCGGAGCCGCAGGGGGAGGUCGUGGACCCCGAGAGGCGGGGCUCUGUGUGCCCGCACACCCGAGAACCGGGGUCUGUGUGCCCGCACACCCGAGAGCCGGGGCUCUCUGUGCCCGCACACCCCGGAGCGGGCGGCCUGUGUCCGCCCACCCCGGCAGCGGGUCUGUCUCCACAGCCCGGGAAAGGAAGCAUGCCCCGGGCCGCGCUGGGGCUCCCCCGGCGGCUCCCGCCGCCCCUCCGGGAAAUGUCCCUGGCCCAGGUUGCUUGAACGAUAGAGUCAGUCCUGGAUGUUUGUAGCCUUUUGCUUCAGCUGGCAGAGAAGAGGUGAACACUGACCUGCAGCAGUUCUUCCUGUGAAAGGAAGAAAUAUCGGACACUGUUCUGGGAUAAUUUGUGCGUGCUUUGUCCAGAAAAUGCCCCUCAAACAAGCAGUAGACAUCUGGGAAGAGAACUGAGGAAAUCGUGAGGUUUUUUCUUCUAGCAGUGUCGAGCACAUCACCCUUGGAUUCUUUUGUCCGCAUGGCAUGGAUACAUAGCUAAAUUAAUGAAGUUCUGAAUACUUCAGCUGCAAAAAUAAAGUGCUUUCCUUUUUUACGUACUCCUUUUACUUCUCAGCAACAUUCUUUCUGAGUCAGAGGCUUAACCAGUUUUGUUAACUAGCUGCAGGUUAAAUGUGGCCUGAGUCACUGUGGGGACAUUGCUGAAAAGUUUCAUGGCAGAUUUUUUUCUCCCCCUUAUUUCAUUUUUUAGAUUUUCUGACACAGUCUUCUCUCAUUUUGCAGUGAGACUGAUUUUAUAAAUGAAGAAUUUAAUAGAUGUUUGUUUAUACUUUUUUCUUUUGUAUUUUAUUUAAUAUUUUUCUUGAAAAAUGUUGUUGCUCAUAAGCAGUAUGGAGGUAUCCAGAUAACUGUUUACAAAUGCCUGUGCUGCCGGAAGGUAGGAAAUGUUCUUCAGUUCAUAUGUGAAAUUUGGGUUUUUGACAUCACAGUCUGUGGAGUAAAAACUGUAUUUAUUUCACUUGGAGCUGAUGCUGCAUAUAGUGGUAUCUACAUGCAAUAGACAAGAGAAGAAACUGUCAGAGAAAAGAAAAGGCUUUUAAGACAGACAUUGGCAGACUUUGUAAAUAGCCUUGCAGAAUCUGUAAGAGAGAAGGAUAGGUAGCUGAUUUCUGAGAGGUCAAAUCUAUGUCAAACUGCCACGAAUGUAGUAUCCACAGGAACUCGGGAUAUUAUCUCAAGGAAAACAAACUGGAAAAAUAUAAAUCACGCAGUACUAGCACCUUGUGUGGUCCUCUUGGAUUAGGUUUGCAUUCAACAGAGCUGCUACUGCCUGAAAGAAAAUUAAGAUGGACAGAGCAACUUAAUUCAAAAGGACUUGCCAUGAGGUGCUAAGCCUUUUUUCAUUGAUUUGGAAAGACUGGACCUAAAUGGCGCAGCAUGACUUUGCUCCAGCCUGGCUUAAUUUUCCUACUCCACCAUCAUCAACAAAGUCAUCACUGAAUUUUGAGAAGCAUUCUGAAAAUUUUUCAUGGACAGAGAAUAGUUAUGAAGCAAAUCGCAGAAGACACAAUUCUUCGGAAGGAUUUGAUCCUAGCGCUGGAAGGCCAAAUGGAGGGCAUUUUGGGCGAAAAGAGAGGAAUGGGUGGCGUUCACAAGGUAGAAAUGGUCCAGAAAAUAUAAACCAACGUGGAGGGUACCAUGGUGGAGGUUCCCGUACUCGUAGCAGCACCUUCCAUUGUGGAAAAGGCCAGGGACUGCAUGAAAAGAAUGUACUUGAUAAUGAAAUCCGGAAAAAGGAAGAAAAAGAAGUACCCAACCAGUUUGAGGCUGAGGACUUCCCAUCUUUAAACCCUGAAUAUGAGAGGGAACCAAACCAGAAUAAAUCUCUAGCUGCAGGUGUGUGGGAGUACCCUUUAAAUCCUAAAUCUAGGUCUCAGAGAAUGCUGGUCAUUAAAAAAGGCAGUACAAAAGAACUGCGGAUAUCUGGAUUCCCAUUAGUGGGAAGUCUUCACUCACAGCCGGUAAGGAAUGGAACUGGCACAAGUGUUUAUAAAGGAUUAGUCCCCAAACCUGUAACUCCACCUGCAAAGCCCACACACUGGAAAAGCCAAGCAAAAGAAAAUAAACUUGGGAAUGCAUUUCCUCCUGAAUCUGCAUAUGGUGUUGGCAGUUUCAGUCCUUUCAAAUCAACUGUCAAGGCAUUUGCUGUAACACAAAAUUCAGUGAAACAGUGUAAUUGGUCAAAUUCUUCAUCCCCUGUUGACACAUCUGGUCAGCUUCGUUUAACAAAAUUGACAAGAAUGCGGACUGAUAAGAAGAGUGAAUUUUUGAAAGCAUUGAAAAGAGAUAGAGUGAAAGAGGAACAUGAAGAUGAGAAUCAUGAUGGGCAAGAGAAGGAUGAUGAGUCCUUCAGCUUGCAUAACAACAACAGUCCUCAUCGUGAGAGAGAUAUAAACCGAAACUUCAAAAAUGAGAUUCCGCAGGAGAAUGGCAAUGCUUCAGUUACACCUCAGCAGAUCAUUCAGUCUUCAGCUUUCCCUCAGGCAAAUGUUCUUUCGAGCUCACUUGAGGCAGAGCAUAGGUUGUUAAAGGAGAUGGGCUGGCAGGAAGACAGUGAAAAUGAUGAAACAUGUGCUCCACUAACUGAGGAUGAGAUGAGGGAAUUUCAAGUCAUUAGUGAACAGUUACAAAAAAAUGGCCUUCGGAAAAACGGCAUUUUGAAAAAUGGCCUCGUCUGUAAUUUUAAAUUUGGCCCCUGGAAAAACAGCACUUUCAAACCUGCUCUGGAGAAUGAGGAUUCUGAGACAAGCAGCAGUGAUACAUCAGAUGAUGAUGAUGUGUGAAGACUUCUGUAACACCUGUAGAAGUCCAUUUGUUCUUGUGAAGAUUGGGGAUGUUUUGUCCAAGAACAAAAAUUGUCAUUUAUGUAGUAACAUGCCCACUACAGAAAGAAUAAUGGGACUUUCCUCUGAAGGAAGCAAGGAAUGUUCUGUUGGGUGUGUUGAAAAUCAUUAUAAGUUCUCCGUAAACGAAUGUUGUAGAAGAGGCCUUGUGUUGACCCAGUGUUGACUUCCAUCACUGAAGCAUUUCUGACUAGCAAUGUGACAAUGUUAUGAAUCAGACUUUCUCACUUAAUAAUAAAAGCAAAGAAUUGUGUAAUGUCUUGCAAAGCUUCUGUCUUAAAAUGUCUAAGGAAGAAAAGAGCAGCUUGACACAGUGUUUUGCUUGCCAAGUCAUUUUUUUCUUACAGUGGAAAUCAAUGAGUCCACUUUGUACGCACAAAGGGCAAUGUAGCGUGUUGGCUAAAAUGAGCAAAGUGCACUAAAACUCUUCCUUAACUGAGUUGUUGAACUGUUCUGCAAAUAACUGCUCUUUAGCCAUUGGUUGUGUUGUCGUUGUUAUUAAUGGCAAAAGACCCUGGUGUUACAGUUCCAAAUUUCUAGAAUUAACUUUUAAAUUGAAAGCUUUAAGGGGUAUAGCAAGACCCUUAUUCUCACAGUGACUUGUGGGAAAAUAAGCAGUUUGAUUUUGCUAUUCGACAUGUGGAAAAAUCAUUACAGUGAUUGGAUUUGUCCACUACAUGGGAAAUAAACUGAUUUACAGAGUAUUGUCUCAGUGCAUAGCAUCACGGGUAUUGUUUUUAAAACAGCUAAGUUUGUUUGCAUUUAUAUUACAUGUACUCUGGCAGCAGUGCAGUUGUGCAUUUCAGUACAAGGUAAAAAUACUUUCAUCACUAGAUCCUGCUUUUAUAGCAGCAGAAGUAUAUGUGUGCAAUGACCACCUCUUUUGCUUACUCAGUGUAAGACUUUAUGAUCUCACAUUUAAAAACCAAUAUUGUAUUAUUUAUAGUUUUAUUUGGUUUAUUUUAGUUCUUUACAUGUUGUCCACAGUUGUACAAGCUGUGUAGCAUUAAUUCAUAAGCACAACU